AUGGCAUCAGUGGGAAGAGAAGAUCUUUUCUACAUUUGUUCAGUAGAUCUUCAGUUGAAAUCCUGUAACUGGACCUUGAACAAUGACACGUGGCACAGCAAUCAGAGCCAGGACAUAGUGAUGCAGAAACUGCUCUUCAGCAUUCUAGGCCCCAAGAUGUCACCCUUCUUCCUGCCGGUGUCACUGACCUACCUGGUGAUAUUUCUAACCGGGGUGGCAGGAAAUCUCCUCACCUGCACUGUGAUAGCAAAACACAGAAAAAUGAGAACCCCGACAAACCUCUACUUGUUCAGUCUGGCCAUUUCGGACCUCCUGGUCUUGGUUUUUGGAAUGCCACUAGAGACAUACGAGAUGUGGCAGAACUACCCCUUCCCCUUUGGAGAGGGCGGCUGUCACUUUAAAACCUUUCUAUUUGAGAUGGUUUGCUUUGCUUCCAUUCUAAAUGUGACGGCGUUGAGUGUGGAGAGAUACUUAGCGGUAGUUCAUCCCCUUCAGACCAAACAUGUUAUGACCAACGCACAUGCCAGGCGGGUCAUCAGUGUGGUGUGGUGCAUGUCUCUGCUGUGUUCCAUUCCCAACACCUCACUGCAUGGCAUAUACUACAUCUACCUGCCGUCCCUGGAGAGGGUGGAGGAGUCUGCAACCUGCACCAUGCUAAAGCCCAAGUGGGUCUACAACCUGGUCAUCCAGCUGACCACCAUAUUCUUUUACUUUGUCCCUGUCUCUAUUAUCACUGUCUUAUAUCUGUUGAUCGGCUGCCGACUCACCCGGGAGAGGAAAUUCCGAAUCAGAAGACUGGGAAGAAUGUGCAAGAAAGACGCAACCUGCAGGAUAGUGCUGGAGAAUGGGAAAAGGAGGCAGAUCACCAAGAUGCUCUUACAAAAAGCUGUCAAAUACAAUGGACGGUUAGCAAAAAAGGAGGACAAUAAGAUACAUCUGGGACAGAAAAUCAAGAUAUAA